AUGAGAUUGACUAUUGGUGCUGAUAAAUCUAGAUUGGAGGAGAUGCACAAAUUUGCCAAAUGGCUUCUCGAUAUUGGUGAGGGUAAAGUAGAAGGCGACAAUGAUGGUGUGGCAACUGUACAAAUACCUUCUGAUCUUCUAAUCAGAGAUUGUUUGGAUCCCAUUGAAAGCUUGAUUCAAUUUGUAUAUCCAUCCGUUUUGCAAAGAUAUAUGGAUCGAGAUUAUUUUUCAGAAAGGGCCAUUCUUACACCAAAAAAUGAGGUCGUACAUGAAAUCAAUGAUCGAUUGUUAGAGUUGUUUCCUGGUGAACCAACAGAGUACCUAAGCUCUGAUAGUAUAUGUCAAACCGAACAAGUUAAUGAUUCCUUCGAGCAAGAAUUGUAUUCACCUGAUGUUCUGAAUGGGUUAAAGAUAUCCGGUUUACCAAAUCAUCGUCUGGUUUUGAAAGUCGGUGUUCCAAUUAUGCUUCUUAGGAACAUUGACCAACAAAAUGGAUUAUGUAAUGGUACAAGGUUGCAGGUUACAUUUCUUGGGAAGCGGGUUAUAGAAGCUGAAAUUAUAUCAGGUGCUAAUGUUGGAACUAGAACGUUUAUUCCAAGAAUUACCAUGAUACCGUCGGACAAAAAAAUACCUUUUGCUUUUCAACGACGACAGUUUCCUGUUGCUGUGUGUUUCGCUAUGACAAUCAAUAAGAGUCAAGGACAGUCUUUAUCUAAGGUUGGACUUUUUUUAAAAGAGCCAGUUUUUACACAUGGUCAGUUAUAUGUAGCCUUAUCAAGAGUUAAAUCAAGAGAAGGGGUUAAGAUCUUAGUUCUAGAUAAGGAUGGUAAACCGACAGAUACUACAACGAAUGUCGUUUAUAAAGAAGUUUUCACGCACCUAUGUUAA